CGGCACAUUACCUUCGAGGUUAUGUGCAACAAUGAUGCAACGACAUAUAUAGCAAAGCACACAAUCAGAUGUAAAUAAAUGGGCUUGAAGUUUCCAUAUAAAAUAAGAUUAUUUUGAAAAAUUAUUUCAAAAUGAAGCUGUACUGCUUGUCCAGCGAACCCACAAAACCAUGUCUUGUUUUGAGUUUCAAAGGAAUUACCUUAAUGCUGGAUUGUGGCUUAAACAUGCAGUCGGUUUUGAAUUUUAUGCCAAUGCCCAUGGUCCCGAGUGCUAGGUUCAAUUCCCUCCCAUCUUGGCUCCCACGGGACAAUCAUCAAGACUGGCAAAUCGAAGGGGAAUUGAAAGAAUGUUGCGGGCGAGUGUUUGUCGAUUCAACUCCAGAAUUUUCACCACCACUGGAGAAAAUAGUAGACUUUUCAGAGAUCGAUGCAAUUCUGAUAUCGAAUUACACCUGCAUGUUGGCAUUGCCAUUUGUGACAGAGGGAACGGGUUUCAAAGGAAUAGUUUAUGCGACAGAGCCGACACUGCAGAUUGGAAGAUUUUUCAUGGAGGAAUUGGUAGAAUAUAUAGAGCAAACUCCAAGAGCAACGUUGGCAAAGCACUGGAAAGAAAUGUUGCAUGUUCUGCCUCCACCUUUGGCAGAUUCACUGAAACCAAAGUCCUGGAAACAUUUAUACUCCAUGGCAGCGGUCAACUCUUCCUUGUCCAAUAUUCAAAUGGUUGGCUAUGAUCAAAAGUUGGAUAUUUAUGGCGCUCUCACAGUCACACCAAUAAGUUCUGGAUACUGUCUCGGCAGCAGCAACUGGCUCAUCUCCUGCGAUCAUGAAAAAGUUGCCUACGUCAGUGGCUCCUCGACUCUCACAACGCAUCCACGUCCAAUGGAACAAACCACCCUUAAACAUGCCAACGUCCUCAUUCUUACUGGACUCACACAAACUCCUACUGCCAAUCCGGAUACUAUGCUGGGAGAACUCUGCAUGACCGUUGCUAUGACUCUGCGAGCUGGUGGCUGCGUUCUCAUUCCGUGCUAUCCCUCUGGAGUUGUUUACGACCUUUUCGAGUGUCUUAGCACGCAUCUCGAUAAAUCGGGAUUUUCUCAGAUUCCCUUAUUUUUUCUAUCAUCAGUCGCUGAAUCGUCUCUCGCGUACUCGAACAUUUUGGCUGAGUGGCUCUCAACGAAUAAGCAAAACAAAGUUUACCUACCCGAGGAGCCUUUUCCUCACGCGUUUCUCGUGAAGAACGCUCGCCUCAAACAUUUCACAUCGACGUACGCAGAAGGUUUCAGCAACGAUUACCGUCAGCCCUGCGUAGUUUUUUGCGGUCAUCCGAGUCUGAGGUUCGGCGACGCUGUCCAUUUCGUUCAGUUGUGGGCGAACAAUCCUCAGCACACGAUUAUUUUUACCGAACCAGAUUUUCCUUAUCUCGAUGCCUUGGCACCUUUUCAACCUUUGGCCAUGAAAGCCGUUCAUUGCCCGAUCGACACGUCUUUGAAUUUUACACAAGCAAACAAACUCAUCAGGGAUCUCAAACCUGAAAAUCUUGUCGUUCCUGAAUGCUACACUCAACCCCCGAUCAUUGCACCACAUCGAGCUGAUCUUGUAAUCGAUCCGGUUGGUGAAAAACCCUUAAUUACGUUCAAACGUGGUGAAGUCAUAAAGUUGCCACUAAAGAGGAAAAAGGGUCGAGUUUUCAUAGAGCCAGAAUUAGCUGGUCAGAUUAUUCCAAGCGAAAUAAGACCGGGUCUGAGUCUCGCUUCUGUCACCGGUGAGCUCGAGGUCAAGGACAAUGUCUACACGAUCAAGUGCGUCGAUGAACGAUCCAGUGGAAAACGAAAAACUCCCAUCGACAUAGCUGCACCGGAUAAAGAACAAGUUUUGAAAGAACGUAAACACGAAUACGGAAAUAUCGAUCCACAAGAAUUGUUACAAAAAUUAAAUCAGGAAGGAAUUCUCGGGGCUAAACUCCAACACACCGCCACCUCCACGAGCAUUCAUUUGCAGGACGAGGACACAUUGAUUCAAAUAGGCGACAAUUCGACACACAUUUUUUGCAACGGUGAUCAAAAUUUGCGGCGGAGAUUGCGAGCCAUAAUAAUGCAGUGUUUGAAGAGGUUUUGAUGAUUCGAUGACUGAAGGACUGUUUUUUCAUGUUGUUCGUUAUCGUUUUUAAUGAAGAAACAAAAAAGCACAAUCGAUUCUUAUUUCUACGAAUAAUACUAUUUAACAAAGAACAUCCGUACAGAAUAAUAACUUAUGAGCUAAGAA